AUGCCUCGUAUCAUUCAUCCCUCCAUCGCAUCGCUCACCGCCGCUGAUGGGGCAUUCCUUCGCAGUCUCACGUUACCGGGGUUAAAGAACAUGGUGUUGUAUGGUUCAACAUCACGAUCCCAGCCUGAUAUCUACUACGCGGUAUCCUCGUUAUAUAACCUCAUCGUACACUCUGCAUGCGCUUUAUCUUCCCUCAGAAUUAUCAUUAGCAACUGCGCUAUCGACCAGAACCUCAUCCAUAUCUUGGAAGCCAGCCCAGACCUCACAAGUCUGGGACUAGAAUUCUUGACGUGGCAUGGUGAUUCUGUACAAACCAUACAGACCUUGUUUGGCCGGCUCGGAAGCUUCGAACAUGUUUUGAUCCCAAAGCUGCAGAGUCUCGCGCUGGUAUUGGAAGAGGCUGACUUCCUUGGUACAAACUUUGGGCUUUUUGGUUACCUUUUUGCGUAUUUCGUCGAAGAUCGGUGGAGGAAGGGGACCCUACGGUCAGUUACAGUUACGAUUCCCUGGACAACUUCUUCCCAGCCAGAGUUUCCACUAUCUCAAGCCUGUCGGGAAACGUUGAUCAAGCUGGAGAAUGAAGGAAUGGAUGUCGAGUUCAUCAGCCGGGGAGCAUCGCUGCUGUUGUAG